AUGACACGUGCGAAGAUUAUUUACUUGUCUGGAGAAAUCCCUCAGGGGGAUCCCGAAGGAGACCAGCGUAUCUUGUUUAGAAAAUUACAUCUCUUGAGCAAAGAGCGAAAUCACCCUAUCCUUGCGUCGACCAUCGAUGCGAUCACUAUUGCUCUUAAGCAAGAAUGCCGGCGUUUGGAAAGGUCACAAAGGGAACUGGUUCCCGUGUUUGAAAGCGUAUUAGACUUGACCGAUAGUGUUAUUGAGCUCAGGAAGACCCCACUGGGUGGAGCUAUUGAGCGAGUUCUUGUUCUAGUAUUUCAAUUGGGUGUUUUUAUCGCCUAUCACGAAGCUAAUCCUCUAGAAUACGAUUUUCGAGCAGAAAAUGCCGUGCUUAUCGGUCGAGGCCCAGGUUUGCUCUCUGGAGCAGCCAUUGCACUUUCUCCCAGUCCGCUACUACUUCCAGCCAUGGCUGCUGAAAUCGCCAAAGUCACAUUUCGAUUUGGUCUUGUUGUAGAUCAAGUAUGUCGCUCACUGGAAGUUUCACCCAACGAGAUCAAUGCUGAAGGGGCUUGGGUAUAUUGUGCCCAUGGGGCUGAUCUGAAAGAAGCUCAACAAGCAGUAGCAGAGUUCAAUUCGGAAAAGGCAUACCCAGAAGCAAGCAUGGCGACCGUUUUCAACACUGAUGGUCAAUCAGUGAGCAUUGGUGGCCCGCCAUCAACUCUUAGAUCUCUUUUCUCAGAAUCAGAAUUCUUCAAGGGAACGAAAAAUAUUCCAAUGAAGAAAGUUCAGGGGAUGUGGCAUAGCAAUAAAGCUUAUGGUCUAGAGCAUGUCAAGCAGAUCGUCGAGGGCAUCACACCAGAUAGUCAAUUGUGCUUUCCAAUAUUCUCUCCCGUCACCGGUCGACCAUUUGAGGCAACAGAUGGUACAUCAUUGCUCACAGAGAUGAUGACUGAAAUAUUAACGGAGAGCAUUCAUUGGGAUCAGACCAUUGAUGGCGUAUCCACAGGUCUGAAACAGCUUUCACCAGAUGUUGUGCAACUCUGGAGUUUACAACCUUCACAUUAUAUGGAGAGCGUCCUUGGGCGAUGGAAGACGGAGCUUCCUUCUACAACUCUAUCUCAACAGACGAUGAUGCCAACCGUAAUGAGUCUAAGUCUGGAACAAAGUCCACCACGUGAUGCAAAGUCCGCCAAAAUUGCCGUCGUUGGUAUGGCAUGUCGAUUCCCUGGUGGCGCAGAUGAUACUGAAAAGUUUUGGGAAUUGUUGGCACAGGGUCGCGAUGUCCAUAAACCGGUACCGGCUGAUCGGUUCGACGUCAAAAGCCAUGUAGAUCCGACAGGAGAGAAGUCUAACACAUCUAAAACACCCUACGGCUGCUUUGUUGACAACCCAGGACUAUUUGAUGCUUUGUUCUUCGCUUUAGUUACAGCUUAUGAAGCCUUGGAAAGUUCUGGCUAUGUUCAUGGGAGAGGUGUUCAUCAGCGUCGUGUCGGUACAUUUUACGGAUGCGCUAGCGAUGACUAUCGUGAAGUCAACACUGGUCAGGAUAUCGGAACUUACUUCAUUCCUGGUGGAUGUAGAGCUUUUGGUCCCGGUCGCAUAAAUUACUUCAUGAAGUUCUGGGGACCAAGUUACAGUAUCGAUACAGCUUGCUCGUCAAGUUUGGCUGCUAUUCAAGCUGCCUGUACUUCUCUCUGGAGCGGUGAUAUUGAUAUGGCAAUUACUGGUGGUAUGAAUAUCAUUACAAACUCAGAUGUUUACGCUGGCUUGAGCAAGGGUCACUUCUUGUCCCCUACUGGAGGCUGCAAAACCUGGGAUGAGGGAGCAGACGGGUACUGUCGUGCUGAUGGCGUUGGAAGCGUGGUUCUGAAGCGAUUAGAAGACGCUGAAGCUGACAAUGAUAACAUCCUCGCGGUCGUUCUUGCUGCUGGUACUGAUCAUUCGGCUGAGGCUGUAUCCAUCACACGGCCCCACGAUUUAGCACAAAUUCAUCUUUUCAACCAAAUGGUCAAGCGUUCUGGAAUUAAUCCAUUGUCUGUAGGAUAUGUCGAGUUCCAUGGAACUGGCACUGGUGCGGGAGAUCCAACCGAGAUGAGCUCAGUUACCAAAGUCUUUGCUAACGGGCAGCCGAGAACUACAGACCUUCACAUUGGAUCUGUGAAAUCCAAUGUUGGCCACGGAGAAGCUGCUGCUGGUAUCAUGGCAUUUAUCAAAACUAUGCUUGUUUUUCAAAAGAGUACUAUCCCUCCUCAUGUUGGUAUCAAGACUGGGCUGAAUCCGGCCUUGCCCAAGGAUUUGGGUCAGAGGGGUGUUGUUAUACCAUACACUGCCACGCCAUGGGAAAAGAGCAGUAGUCAGAAAAGGCUGGCAAUGGUAAAUAACUUUGGAGCAGCCGGAGGAAACACAGCAAUGAUAGUGGAAGAAGCAACAGAGCGUCCAAGGAUUGGCGAAGAUACUCGACCUACGCAUCCCAUCACCAUCUCGGCAAAAACACCGUAUUCCCUUCAAGAGAACCUCAGACGUCUCGUGGAUUUUAUGGAAACGCAACCACAUGUCUCUAUCGCAGAUUUGUCUUACACUUUGUCUGCACGAAAGAUGCACUACAAUUACCGGGUUUCGGUACUUGCAUCUUCACUCAAAGAUGCUGUUAAUCUUCUUCGUCCCCAUAUUGAUACUGCCCUAGAUCAGCUCCCUACCAAUCCAAAGCAAGCUCCAGUAGCCUUCGCUUUCACUGGCCAAGGAACAUUUUACAUCGGCAUUGGAGCACAGCUUUAUCGCGACUCCAGGCCUUUCCGAGAGCAAGUAAACCGACUUGACGGUAUUGCACAGCGCCAAAAGUUCCCCUCCUUUUUGCCUAUCAUCAAGAGCACCUGCGAUAUUAAGGAUGUACCCACAGUGUCUCUUCAUCAAGCUAUCGUGUGCGUAGAGAUUUCUCUCACACGGCUAUGGGCUUCUUAUGGGGUCACUCCAAGUGUCGUUAUAGGUCACAGCUUGGGUGAAUAUGCUGCAUUGAAUACAGCAGGAGUCUUUUCUGAUAGUGAUACUGUUUUCCUUGUCGGAACACGCGCAAAUCUGCUUGAGACACAUUGUAAGCCUGCUACACAUGGUAUGCUAUCAGUCCGAGCGUCUCAAGAAAAGAUUCUGAAAGCAGCCGAUGGCAUUCCCUUUGAAGUUUCUUGUAUCAAUGGCCCCGAGGAAACAGUACUCGGUGGAGUAUUGGAAGACCUGGAGGCUCUUGCGACCGUUCUUGGAAAAGCAGGUUAUAGGACCAUAAAACUUAAUGUGCCCCAUGCCUACCACACAAGUCAGAUGGAUGUUCUGGUGGAUGAUUUCGUCAAAUUGACGAGUGCUGUUGUGUUCAAGGCACCCAAAAUCCCGGUCAUAUCCCCUCUCUACUCUAAAGUUCUAACAUCUGGGAUCGAUGUCAGUUACUUGGCAAAGGCAACUCGAGAAACAGUCGACUAUGUUGGCGGACUCAAUGCCGCUUGGGAAUCUGGCGUUUUGUCUAAAUCCACACUCUGGCUAGAGAUUGGUCACCAUCCUUGCUGUGUUAGCUUCAUCGCAAAGACAUUAUCGGAUACUCGAUUGACAUCUCCAACAAUGCACCGAGACCAAAACAAUUGGACCACGCUCGGAAAGGCACUCAUCUCUCUAUACAAUGCCGGCGUAGCCAUCGAUUGGACAGAGUACCACUUACCUUUCGAGCAGGCUCUUCGAUUAGUCGAUGCCCCAACAUACGCAUGGAACAACAAGAACUAUUGGAUUCAAUACAGUGGAGACUGGAAUUUGACCAAGGGUCAAGCGCUAUCAGAUCCCAACUUCACAAAGGCCAUAACUCAAGCUGUCAAGGGUUUCCGCACUACAAGUAUCCACGAGAUUCGUUCGGAGAACUACACUGAAACCUCAGCCCAGAUUGUGACUGAGUCGGAUAUGACAGACCCAGCGCUCAAGGAUGUUAUUGAAGGACAUGCUAUGAACAACUACGGAGUUGCUUCUUCUUUUCUUCAUGCAGAUAUGGCCUUCACAGUCGCGAAACGCAUCCUUGAUAAAGGUAUUCCAAACUCUUCCAAUAUUGGCAUCAAUGUUACCGACUUUGAGUAUCAUGAACCUGUAGUCAAGCAUUACAGCCCAACAGAAGCUCAGCCCAUUGUGGUGAGUGCCGAGGCCGAUUUAGUAAAAAGACAAGCUCAUGUAAAAUGGUACAAUCCCGCCAAAAAUCUAUGGUAUUGUCAUGCAACUAUCUCUUACGAAGAUCCAUCAUCUUGGUUGUCGACAUGGUCGCGAUCAUCAGGCCUUGUGACAAGUCGUAUUGCAGCUCUUAACGAUCUAGCCACCCGCGGUCAUGCCGAUAAAUUGACAACCAAUCUUGCAUACAGUCUCUUUGGAAAGUUGGUCGGCUACUCGGAAAUGUAUCGAACAAUGAAGUCAGUAAUUCUUAACAAAGAUGAAGCUGUAGCUGAAGUGGAAUUUCCUGCCGAUACUGCUGGUAAUUGGACAGUACCUCCUCAUUUUAUUGAUGGAUGUGUCUCCUUAUCAGGUUUCAUCCUGAAUGGAGGUACGCAUUUCGAUAACAACAAAUACUUCUACAUCACACCAUCAUGGAAGUCCAUGAGGUUUGCAAAGCCGCUUGCACCCGGUGGGAAAUAUCUAGCAUAUGUCCGAAUGGUCCCUGCGGAUAAGAACAACUUCGUCGGUGACGUCUACAUUCUUCAAGGAGACGAGAUUGUCGGUGUUGUCGAAGCCAUUGUCUUCACUCAAUGGCCACGUGUCAUGUUAGAUCGCUUCUUCCGCCCUCCUCCCCUCAAGGCUGCAUCUCAUGCCUUGGAUGCCUCUCAAGUCGCCCUCUCUCUCGCUUCGUUGGGUUCAGGUGCCACUAACUCCAAGUCGCAAUCGUCUCAACAAUCACCAUUCGCGGGUGACUCUAAGAUCGUCUAUUAA